UGUUUGUGUGCACGCGCGGUGAAGACGCCACGUCGGCAGAACCAGCAGGGUGAAAAGAGAGCUGCGUAGCACAGCCUGUAACUGUGUGUGUGAGAGGAGAAGUUAGAGAGCAGCAUAUUUUAAUGCGAUAAAGGCGUGAAGAAGAAAAACCAAAGAAGAAGAGAUCGUUAAACAGCCAGAGCAGCACACACUCACACACCGAAAACACAUUUAUUUCCUCAGAGUUUGUCUCGGAGGCUGAAACAGAAGCUGCUCCUCUCUCAAGUUUCUCUGCCAGGUGUGUUAGUGGGAGAAGCACUGGGAACAAUGGUGAAGAAUGUGAACACCGUUAACGUGGAGCCUCAACCAGGGACCACAGCGGCCCCCGACGAGGCUGAACCCGCUGACAGUCAGCCUGCAGAGGAUCCCGGUAAGGACCACGUGGUUGCUGCUCCUGGGAUGAUGUGGCGGGUGACCGGCGGCCUCUUCAAUGUCACUAAGGGGGUGGUGGGUGCAGCGGUGGGCGGGGUGGUCUGGGUGGGCGGAAAGAGCCUGGAGCUCACCAAGACAGCCGUGACCACCGUGCCCUCCAUGGGGGUGGGGCUGGUGAAGGGCGGGGUGUCUGCCGUGGCCGGGGGCGUGUCCUCGAUGGGCUCGACGGUCGCCAGCAAAGUCCCCUUCACAGCCAAGAGGAAAGACAAGGCGGAGUGAUGAAGAUGAUGAUGAUGAUGAAGAUGAUGAUGAUGAUAGACUUGCCCCGCCCUGAGCCAACAGAGAGAUACUGUCAGCUGAUCUCUGUCUGCCAAUCAAACUUCUCUGUGCCUUCUGACGCCUUUCUCUGGCUUGAACAUGAUCCAGACUUUCAUGCCAACACACUACUCAGCACCGAGACAUUCAGCAGUUCAACGAUAACAUGGCAACCCAUAAAACUCACUGAAAACACUUAAUACAGAACUCCACAUCGAGCGGGCUCUGUAUGCCUGGAAGUGAUUAUUUUGCUCCAGGCAGAUCACAUGGACUUCAACACGUGGUGGAUGCCUUCAUGAAUAUUUGUAUCUGUUUGCAAUCCAAUCGACUGAUGCUGUCCUCUUUUCUUCUCUUUACAUAUAUUUAGUGAUAUUCUUCUGAAUUAAGAUGCUGAUUCUAAGCUUUUGAAGUACUUUUGAAAUUUGUGUGUUGAUAACAAUGAAAAUGUUUCAGUGUUUUUGCAGCGAGGGAUCAGCAGAUGUUCAGGCUGCAGGCUUCACUGUGUCCUUUAAUCCUCCGCAGGAGCCCUGGGCGGAGUUUCUCUCUGCCGAAACAUUUGACUGUAGAUACAAUCAAGCACACCAGCGUGUGGCUCAGGUCGUUUCCACAGAUAUAUACAUUGUUGACAUGUUUGUUAUGUGUUGGACCAUGAAAAGUUGACUUUAAGGAAACAUUCAGCAGCAUUUGAUCACUAAAUGUUUAUUUGAGAGGAAACAUUUCCCAGUGUUGUCUGAACUUCUCAUUCCGUGAACUGUGCCUUUAAUCAGGAACUGUGGUGCAGGCAACAUGCGUGAACGUGUAUAUGCAAUAUCAGCAUUUCAAUGCAACAUGUGGAGUGAAUGGGAGCUGUUGCUGAUGGGAGUGAACAAUGUGAAUGUCUUGUAUGUGUUUUGUUUUCCCAAUAUAUCAAUAAAGUAGUUUCAAAGUUUAAA